AUGCCAGCUCAGCAGAAGAAAAUUAUCUUUUGCGUGGCCGGGGUGCUGAGCUUUGCCUGCGCGCUGGGGACCGCGGCAGCCGUGGGCACGCAGCUGUGGGUGAAGGGGACGAUACUCUGCAAGACGGGAGCCCUGCUCGUCAACGCCACCGGCCAGGAGCUGGAGAAGUUCAUUGGCAAAAUCCAGUACGGGCUUUUCUACGGCGAGCGCGUGCGGCAGUGCGGGCUCGGGGGGAGACCUUUCCAGUUUUCAUUUUUUCCAGAUUUGCUCAAAAUUAUCCCUGCAAGUAUCCAUGUUAGUGUCAUUCUCUUCUGUACAGUACUGAUCAUCUUUGCUCUGGUGGGAGCAGGUUUCUUCAUGUUCAAUGCUUUUGGCAGCCCUUACGAAACCCUGCACGGCCCCGUCGGGUUGUACCUCUGGAGCUUCAUCGCCUGUAAGUACCGGCCGCCCUCGCAUCUCUCCUCUGUUUCAGGUUCCUGUGGCUGCCUCAUCAUGAUCCUCUUCUCUUCAGAAGUGAAAAUACACCACCUCUCAGAGAAAAUUGCUAAUUUCAAAGAGGGAAGUUUUACAUUCAAGACUCACAGCGAACAGUUUGCGAAUUCAUUCUGGAUCAUCCUGGUUUGCUCCCUGGUGCACUUCCUGAACGCCUUGCUGAUACGAUUUGCUGGAUUUGAAUUUCCCUUUUCAAAAUCAAAAGAUUCUGGGACAACCACUGGAGCGGCUGACCUGAUGUAUUAG